AACAUACACAUGGCAAAGGAAGUAGUAGACCACAUCAACAUUAAUUACUAACAAUGGCUAAGAACUAUCCUUGCCCCAGAAGAGAUGAGAGCUUGGGUGAGACUCACUUUGGGACCAGUGUACCCGAUCCUUACAGAUGGCUGGAAGACCCAGACAGUGAAGAGACUCAGGGAUUUGUUAAGGCUCAGAACGAAAUCAGUCAACCAUACCUCGCCAGCUGUCCAGUCAGAAACAAGUUCCAUGCCAGGAUGACUGAUUUGUAUAACUAUCCAAAGUACUCUGCACCUUUCAAGAGAGGAACUCGCUACUUCUACCGAUACAACACAGGUCUUCAAAACCAAAGUGUCUACUAUGUGCAGUCCUCAUUGGAGGCAGAGGCAGAGGUGUUCUUGGAUCCUAACCUUCUCUCUGAUGAUGGCACAGUGGCACUCAGUAUGUCACAGUUCUCAGAAGAUGGGGAACUGUUUGCAUACGGUCUGAGUGAGAGUGGCUCUGACUGGAACACCAUCAAGGUGAUGCAAGUCUCCACUAAAGAGAACCAGGGAGAUGAGCUCAAGUGGGUCAAAUUCUCCUCCAUUGCUUGGACACAUGACAACAAAGGCUUCUUCUAUCAGAGAUAUCCUGAGGUUGUGACAGAGUCUGAGGGGACGGAGACGACUCAAGUGCUGGACCACAAGGUGUACUACCAUGUGGUGGGAUCCCCUCAGUCAGAGGACGCCCUCUGUUACCAGGACCUCGAACACAGGGACUGGCUCUUCUCCGUGGAAGUGAGUGAUUGUGGUCGCUAUGUUAUCCUAUACGUGUCGAGAGGGGCGGAACCUCGGAACAAGCUCUAUUACUCGGACCUGGAGCAGUUACCAGGACAACAGAUCACUGGACCUUUGAACAUGGAGAAACUGAUUGAUGAUUUUGAUGCAUCCUGGGAUUUCAUCUGUAACCAUGGCACCGUGUUUACGUUCAAGACCGACUUUGAAGCUCCACGAUAUCGCCUCGUGAAUAUUGACAUCACACAACCCACAAAGGAUAGUUGGGUGACCCUCGUUUCAGAGCACCCCAAGGACGUGUUGGAGUGGGCAGCAUGUGUCAACACCACUAAACUAGUGCUCUGCUACCUCAGUGAUGUCAAGUCGAUACUCAGCCUCUACUCUCUUCAAGACGGCAGCUUUAUCAAGAACUUUCCUCUGGAGGUGGGCUCUGUCACAAGCUUCUCGGGUCGCUUCAAGGACACAGAGAUCUUCUAUAGCUUCAUGUCCUUCCUCACACCUGGAGUGAUAUACCAUUGUGACCUCACUCAAGAUGAACUAAACCCAACCGUGUUUCGUGAGAUUAAAGUUGAAGGUUUUGAUGCGUCUCAGUACACCACCAAGCAGAUCUUCUAUCCCAGCAAAGAUGGCACCAACAUACCCAUGUUCAUUGUCCACAAGAAGGAUCUCACACUUGAUGGCACUCACCCCACUCUGCUGUAUGGAUACGGAGGGUUCAACAUCUCCAUUACCCCCUCAUUCAGUACGAGCAGGCUUAUCUUCAUACAGCAUCUUGGUGGAGUCUUUGCGAUUGCCAACAUCAGGGGAGGCGGGGAGUAUGGGGACCAGUGGCACAAAGGAGGGAUGAUGGGGUGCAAGCAGAACGUGUUUGAUGAUUUCAUUGCAGCUGGAGAGUACCUCAUUGCCAAUGGAUACACCUCCACAAACAAGCUGACCAUAAUGGGAGGGUCCAAUGGUGGACUGCUGGUGUGUGCCUGUGCUAACCAGAGGCCAGACUUAUUCAAGUGUGUCAUCUCACAAGUCGGAGUUCUAGAUAUGCUGAGGUUCCACAAGUUUACUAUCGGGCAUGCUUGGGUGACUGAUUUUGGUAAUCCAGACAAAGAAGAUGGUUUUGGAUGGAUAUACAAGUACUCUCCAGUCCAUAAUAUUUCUGUUCCUCCCGAGAACCAGCAAUAUCCGGCCAUGUUGCUAUUGACAGCAGACCAUGAUGACAGGGUUGUCCCCUUGCAUUCGUUCAAGUACAUGGCACAGCUACACCAUCUCAUGAGGGGCGUGGCCAAACAGACAAACCCAUUGAUGAUCCGGAUUGAGACAAAGGCUGGUCAUGGCGCUGGAAAACCCACCUCUAAAGUUAUUGAUGAGACUGCUGACAUCUAUGGAUUCGUGGCUGAGACUGUGGGAGCCGUGUGGACUUGAACUGAACCGUUUUAUCAUGAGAUUGUAGAGUGGUUUUAUUAUCAUAACACAUCAAGUAUGAGAAUAUUAAUUUAUUAUUAACUGAAAAAAACCAUAAAAUUUUUAUACCGCAUUUAUAA